GGGGAGUUGUAAACUGGGGACGAUAUAAAAGGAACUUUCCAGGUUCACCUAUUCCUAACCAUCUUCAAAUCCGAACCCUCCCAAACCUUUGUUUCUUUCUAUAUAUAUCUCUCUCUCUCUCCUCCAAAGGCUUUUCCUGAAUGCUUCACUUUCUGUUUCCAAUGCUUUGUGUAUAUGAUGCUGGGGCAUGAGAUUCAUCGAGGGCUUUCCAGAAUUUCAGUCCGAUUUCAACGCCUUUCUUUCGGAGUAGGAGGUUUCAAUUUUGGGUGUUUUUGAAAUUGUUCCGAGUCCGUGAUUUUGAUUUUUCUCUGGAGGUUUUUCGUUCCGUCAAUCGAGGAUAUUUUUCGCCUGGGUUUAAUCUCCGCUCGCUGUGUUCUUCGUUCAUCGGAUCGUUUCCUGAAGCUAGGGUUUUUAUUUCCAUUCUUUCAGAUUUUUGGUGACUUUUUUGGUUUUUGCGGCGGUUUCGUUUGAUCACCGGGAUAUAGGAUUUCUGUAAUUUCUCUGAGAUCUGUGAAAUUGUUCCAAAUUUUCGAAGUGACGAAUCAAGCCGAAGGCGAUCUGAUUUUUUUUGGUUCUUUUUUCUCGGAAUUAUUUUGCUGAUCGACUUCUCAGCAAUCGAGGAGUGAAAAGGGUUCGGAAUUCACAAAUUUCUUACGUAAUUGCAACGGAGGAAGAUCUGAACCUGAACGGCUGUCUGUAUUCAUCGAAGUAUGAAGAGCACUCCAUUGUGGCGGUUCGAUUGUUCCAUCUUUAUUGAAUAAUUGAAGUGGGGGAAAAAAAAAAAAACAUCAAAAGAAAAAAGCUUCCUACUUUUGUACUCUUUGAUUUGUUUCCAGUUUGUUUGUCUGUUCGUUUUUUUUAGUUUUAGUUUAAUAUAAGGCUCUUCGAUUUGAAGGCCUUUGAUUAUCUAUCUUUCAGGGAAUUUUUGUUAUUAUUUUCUUAUUUCAGAAGAGAUUAAAAAAAAAAAAAUUUUACUAUGGCGGUGUAUUAUAAAUUUAAGAGUGCAAGAGAUUAUGAUUCAAUUCCUAUGGACGGUCCUUUCAUCUCAGUUGGUACUUUGAAAGAAAAAAUUUUUGAAUCCAAGCAUUUGGGGAGGGGUACUGAUUUUGACCUUUUGGUCACCAACGCCCAGACCAAUGAAGAGUAUAUUGAUGAAGCAACGUUGAUACCCAAAAAUACAUCAGUUUUAGUUCGUCGCGUACCAGGACGUCCCCGUAAACCUAUUGUUACUGAUCCAAAGCCAGUUCUGGAAGAUAAGGUUGAAAAUGCUGAACCAUCAAGAAUUAGUUUCCCAGCAGCUGAUUCAUCUGUCUCAAAAUAUCCUGAUGAUUCGGAGUGGGAUGAUCUUGGGGCAGAUUUAUAUGAAAUUCCUGAAGUGGUACCAGUUCAGUCGAGCAAUCCAAUUCCUGAAGCCACUCCUCCUACCAGUAAAGCUGAUGAGGAUAGCAAGAUUAAGGCUUUAAUUGAGACCCCAGCCUUGGAAUGGCAAAGGCAAGGUUCUGAUGGGUUUGGUCCUGGUAGAGGUUUUGGAAGGGGUAUGGGAGGGAGAAUGAUGGGUGGACGUGGUUUUGGUCGAGCAGGAGGGUUGGAGCGGAAAACACCUCCGCAGGGUUAUGUAUGUCAUAGAUGCAAGGUGCCUGGGCAUUAUAUUCAGCAUUGCCCCACUAAUGGUGAUCCAACUUUUGACAUCAAAAGAGUGAAGCCACCCACUGGGAUACCGAAGUCCAUGCUGAUGGCAGCUCCUGAUGGCUCAUAUGCAUUGCCAAGUGGUGCAGUAGCUGUCUUGAAGCCAAAUGAGGAUGCUUUCGAUAAAGAAGUUGAAGGGUUAGCAUCUACGCGUUCUAUUGGUGAUCUACCACCUGAGCUGCACUGCCCAUUGUGCCAGGAAGUAAUGAAAGAUGCAGUGCUGACAAGCAAGUGUUGCUUCAAGAGUUUCUGUGAUAAAUGUAUCAGGGACCAUAUUAUCUCAAAAUCAAUGUGUGUCUGUGGGGCUACAAACAUACUUGCAGAUGAUCUUUUGCCAAACAAGACACUUAGAGAUACAAUAAAUCGAAUCUUGGAGUCUGGUAACAGUAGUGCUGAAAAUGCUGGGAGUACAUUUCAAGUUCAAGAUAUGGAGUCUGCUCGCGACCCACAGCCCAAGAUUCCAUCCCCGUCAAUGUCUGCUGCAUCAAAGGGAGAACAAAAGUCAUUGCCUGUUAUUGAUGAAACUCCUAAGAUAGAGGAAACUGUGGAUGAGGCAAAGCCUGCUGUUGUUCCACAGAAGCCGAUAGAGAAAGUGCGCUCUGCAAAAGUAGCUGAUGUAUCUGAAGCCACUCAUGAGUCGAUAAGUGUGAAGGAACCAGCAUCACAAGGCAGUGCUCAACAUAUUGAGGAGGAAGUACAGCAGAAGCUGGCUCCUGGUGAGGCAGGAAAGAAAAAGAAAAAGAAGAAAGUUCGCAUGCCUGCAAAUGACUUGCAGUGGAGGACCUCUCAAGAUCUUGCAGUUGAUAACUAUAUGAUGACUAUGGGCCCCUCUGCAUAUAAUCCUUUAUGGACAGGCAUGCAACCCGGUAUGGAAGGAUAUAUGACACCAUAUGCUGCUCCUAUGCCCUAUAUGGGUUAUGGACCGGGCCCUUUAGACAUGCCAUUUGGAGGUUUUAUUCCACAGGAUCCGUUUGCUGCAAAUUGUAUGUACCCUAUUCCACCUCAGAGGGAUCUUGCAGCAGAUUUCACUAUGGGUAUGAAUGUAGCACCCCCUAUCAUGAGCAGAGAGGAAUUUGAGGCUCGAAAAGCUAACUUGAGGAGGAAGCGUGAAAGUGAUAGACGGGUUGAAAGCAUGGAUUUUUCCAGGGAUCGUGAAUUUGGUAGAGAAGUGACAAGCAGUGGCAAUGUUCCUCCAUUGAAACAGAAAUCUAUGUCUGUUGGCCGACCAUCAAGCCCGGACCCGCAACCGCAUCGUCACCGGUCUGAGAGAUCUUCCCCAGAACGAUCUACACGGGAGGUCGAACCUCCACGACCCCCAAAGAGAAAAUCCGACCACCACCACGACCGAGACCGGGAUCGGGACCGUGACUAUGACCACGACAGAGACUACGACUACCAUGAUCGUGAGAGCGACCAUUCCCACCACCAGCGUCGCCGUACAGAGUCCUCCGCGAGGCCAUCAUCGGAAACAUCAUCUAAACCUGCAGCGUCGGCGGCAGCUGCUGCAGCAGCAGCAGCAGCAGCAGCAUUAGACCGCAAGCAGAAGGCAAGCGUCUUCUCCCGGAUAAGCUUUCCGGAAGCAGAAGCCAUUAGGAAAAGGAAGCUGUCUUCAUCUUCUAUGGCUACGGAGGCCGGUGGUGGCGGGGCUUCUGCAUCUUCCGGUCAACAUAAACCCACGACAAAUGGGUAUUACGAUGAUUACAAGGGAUCGUCCAUGAAGGCCGCUUCAGUUUUGGCGACUAGUGGUGGUGGAAGGAAAGCCAGCAGUGCUGCGGACUAUGAAUCAAGCGACGAUGAUAGGCACUUCAAGAGGAAGCCAUCGAGAUAUGAGCCGUCUCCACCACCACGACCUGAUCAGGAAGAGCCGUCCAGGCAUUCCAGGGGCUCCAGGGAGAGAGACCGUGAAAGGGAACGAAGCAAGCAUAGAUGAAGGUGGGACCCGACCCAGGCAUUCAUAUAUAUAUAUAUAUAUAUAUAGUUAUUUAUCUAUAUAUAUAUAUAUAUAUAUAUAUAUGGAUAUGGGAGUGACGACUGUCGUUUUGAGAGGAAAUAAUGUUGGUGAGAUGGCAGUGCUGGUUUUUUAGCUCCUUGCUUCUUCUUGCUUUUGAAUCUCUGCCCAUGAGAGCAGUCAAAAAUGUCUUUUUCAUUUGUAAUGUGUAUGUAAAAUUCCUGCCUCACACACCACAUUUGAUAUGGAGGAAUUGCUUACUUGGAAGAUAGAAUGAGAUUUUAUUUUAAAUCUCGUUAUCAUAAUGUGUAUGAAAUACAUUAUUUUCUGAAUCAUUUAAUACCUUUUUUGUUCUUA